AUGGGUGGUGUAGACUUGUGGCAGAAUGAAGAUGACAACUAUGAUAAUUUUGAUCCUCAAUCUAUGCAUGAUAAGAUUCUGGAAGUUGUGAGCAUAUCAGGGACCUGGCAUCUUGGAAAACUUCAGGUAGGGCUGUCUCGAGCUCGAAGGCUGGCACAGGGGCAGAGCAUAAAAAUUCAGCUUCUUGCUCCAUUGCCUGUUCAGAUAGAUGGCGAACCAUGGAUGCAAUCACCAUGCACUUUGACCAUUUCACAUCAUGGCCAGGCUUUCAUGCUGAAAAGGUCGGGUGAGGAACCCCUUGGUCAUGCAGCAGCUAUAGUGGCUGAUGUGCUGGCACAUGCGGAAACAACUAAUGUCAUAAAUGCAUCUCAGAAAAGAGCUCUUCUUCAGGAAAUGGCACUCAAGCUCUCAUAGAAUCACUUUUACUUGUUUUCUAGCAAGGAAGGAAGCCAAGGACCUCAUACUUCAUAUCAUAUAUAAUAUAUUUAUAGCUCAGUCUCCCCUUUUAUUCUUUUUUUUU